AAUGUCAUCAGAUGAGGAGAAAAGCUCAAGUCCAGUUUUGCCAAAAGACUCAGAUCGAGGCAGUUCUGUCUCUUCAGAUCUUCAGGAUGAAUAUGAAGAGCUGCUUCGUUAUGCCGUAGUGACUCCAAAGUUUGAACCGUGUGUCCUGAGGCAGUCUGAGCCUGCUGCAGAACUGACAGCACAUGACAGAUUUUCAAGUUUAAUGGAUGAAGUCAUCAAUCACCCUAAGACUCCAGUUUUUACACCGGUAAAGGGACCUUCUCAGGCAGACAUGGAAGGACUUUGCCCUGUUCGUUCGGGAGAGACUUCUUCACAAGGGUCCUCAUCUGGUCCAAGAGAGAUUGAUGAGACUAUAGUGACUGAGUUAAGUGUUUCAGAUGAAAAAGUGACCCAGAUAGAAAGCAUACUUGAUCUCUGGAGUGGAAGUCUUAAGACAAAUGUUCUGACUGAACUCAGAAAAUGGAAAAUGACUUUUAUUGAACAUCACAAGCUGGAAAUGAGACAAGAGAAAGAGAAACAUGCUGCACAUGUGAGACAGCUGAACAAUCAGAUGGAGAACCUGAGAGAGCUGCUAAAUACUUAUGAAAUCUCCAUUGGCAGAAAGGAUGAGGUAAUCACUAACUUGUCCCAUGCGAUAGACAAGCAAAAGGAGAGGAUAGAGCUAAUGAAAAAAUUUACACGGUGGCGAAUUCAGCACGUGGAGGCCAGACAAGAGGCAUAUGCAAAUAGACUGGCGGACAGACAGUUCCAGAUAGCUUUGAUGAAGAGGGUUUGGGCAGCUUGGCGCUCUCUUAGUGAAGCAAGAUGGAAAGAGAAAGUAGCAAAAGCCUGUCAGUUAAGGGCUGAGGAAGUCUGUGUUCAGCUUUCCAAGGAUUAUGAAGCUAAAAUUGCGGAGUUAAAUGUUGCUCUGGAAGAGGCAAAAGCUGAUAUCCUGAGACUGCAUAGUGAAAGGGAACAGUAUGAAGGCACCAUGAAAAAAGCCUUUAUGCGUGGUGUGUGCGCACUGAAUCUAGAAGCAAUGACCAUGUUUCAGGGCAAAGAAAGUAGGACAGACCAUGAUCCAGUAAAUAGGAGAGAAGAUCCUGGAACUAAUGCCACUGGAAGGCUCCCUCCUUCCCAAUUUGAUCCUCCGUCACCACCACCUCCAACAGCAGCCACUGUUCCACAAGAGGAAAUUUUUUCAUCCCAUCUGGGCCACGCAAGUACUUCUCAGACCAGAUUAGAAUCAAAUUCUCCAGUAAUAGUCGCUAGUGCAGCUGUAGGAUCUGGCAUUACAUCAGCUCAAAAACUGCCUAUGGCAAGAGUAGUGACAUCUGCUCAGCAGAAGGCAGGAAGAACAAUCACUGCUCGAAUCACAGGCCGAUCUGAUUUGGGACAAAAGAACAGAAUUUGUAGUAGUUUAGCUGUAAUGGGAGUCUCACCACCCAUGAGUUCAGUCAUUGUAGAAAAGCAUCAUCCAGUCACUCAACAAACUAUAUCCCAAGCCACUGCUGCUAAAUACCCUCGAACUGUGCACCAUGCUUCUAGUGUCACCAGUAUGAGACCUCCUGGACACGGUGGACGAACACCUCAUAGCCAGUCUCAUACUAACAUUCAGUCAAUAAAAGUUGUGGACUAA